AUGGGAAGAUGUCGUUUGCAAGACUGUCUCUAUCGAGGACAGGACCGAGCGGCACGGGCGUUGACUUGGGAGCCGGCUGAAAACAACGAUGAGGACAACGAGGAGGACGAGAAAGAGAACGCGGCGAAAUUGUGGAAGAAGAAAGACAAGAUCAAGUGUUUCAAGAUUUCGAAGGAGUGCGAAAGAAGUCGGCAAGAUCACGAGUUUGGCACGAUCACGUGCGAGACGAUGAUCGAGGACUUUCACGAGUGCCCGCUCACACGGGACUUCGACGUCGACGAUUUCGUCAAGCUCGAGUUCGACGAGCGCCAGGGCAAAAUCCCUAAGGAUGUCAUCGAGAAGGUCUUGAAGCAAGGGGUGCUUUGCGAGGUCGACGGGCAGGGUGAAUGUCUCUUCAGAUUCUUCGCCUUUUCGUCGUCCCAGCUCCGCUACAAGAUGUGCAUUUUGGUCAACUACGACGCCAAGUGGUGGACAAGCAGGUGGCUCGAGUACGACAGCGGCAGACUCGACUUUCUCCGACGAACGAGACGGAAAACCCAGCAACGACGCUGUCUCAUUUGCCCGUCGCUGAUUUGGAACUACUUUGGCAAGUUCGCGGCGAUCAAGACGGUGCCCAAGUUUGGCGCGAGAUUGGGCCUUCUUCUCUCUUCUACACGCCACGCUGAGUUCAUCGAAGACGGCAAAUGGAAAAUCGAAGAGGACAUUCGACACCACGGUUAUAACUUUACUGACGGUUGUGGACGAAUGUCAACGAGUCUGGCCGAGCGGUUCACUCUCAACAAGCACUGCGCGCGGAGAUACUGCCAUCAACCCUUCCAGGUUCCCUCCAUCGUCCAAAUCCGCUUCAUGGGCUGCAAAGGCAUCCUCGUUCACGACCCGGCACUUGAUGGCAGUUCUCUCGAGCUCGUUCUCCGCGAAUCACAGAAAAAAUUCGACUGGAAUUUCGCCACGAUCAAGGGCCGCCUAAAGUACACUGAGCGCAAGCAAGGGCGCACGGGCAGACUGCUGGGGAUCUGCAGAGGCGGAGAGUCGAAACCAUUCGUUUACGGGCGCUUGAAUCGGCAAUUUGUGUUAGUUUUAUCCGCCCUGGGAAUCGCUAACACGACCUUUCUCGAAAUUCAAAACGAAUUCUUCGACCUCGUCAAGUUCAGCCAGCAGAACAUCUCGUCCGCGUUCGAUCUUCUUUCUCUCUCGUCGAAAACAGAAGAAGCGGAAAAACUAACGCUGGAAAACAUCGACUGCGAAGACGACUUUCCUCCGGACAUCAAGCUCGCAGUGGAGGGCAUCUACGAGUCGAUAUUCCAACGAAGCUACUCGCUCACUUCAGAUGCAGAUGCGAAGAAAGCCGAGUCCGCAGCCUUCUCUAUUCCUCUGCGACACUCGAGGAAUCUCUACGGCGCCGCGGACUUUGGCCAAACUCUGCGCAAAGGCGAGUGCUUCAUCCAGUACACCGACUACGAUGAGACCUUUCUUUCGAGCGGCGAAACGAGGCGAUCGAGGAGGCGGCUGAUCAUCCGCAGCCCGCCGAAUGGCACUAGAAUCGUCGUCAUGAAGAGCCCGACUUAUUAUCCCGGCGAUGUGCGUGUAUUAACCCAGCGUCGUGUCCGUUCCCUCGAACAUUUGACCGACGUGAUCGUUUUUCCAACGCAUCAGUCGCUGGAGCGGCCGCAUCCGCACGAAAUCCACGAAAGCGAUCUCGACGGGGACGAGUAUUUCGUCUCCUGGGAUCGUCGCCUCAUUCCUAAAAAAGUGGAAGCCCCUUUGCUUCCCUGCUCACGCAUUGCCCCGCCCGUAAAAGAAAACAUCAGCAAGGACGAUUUGAUCGCCUUUUUUGCUCGUUACGAGUCCCCACUCGGCCUGGUCGACAAGAACUACAAAGUCUGGGCGGAAGAGGUGGGCCCAGACAGCGAGCAGUGCCGCCAACUUGCGAAAAUCUUCUCGGAAGCGGUGGACCAAGCCAAGCAUGGCGGAAGGGUGGAAAUCCCUGCCCAGCUGCGGCGCAGAACAAGCAGUAGCGAGACGGGUUUUCUCCUCGAGCGGGAUUUAACGGACGGGCAAUUGGUGCACGCCGUGCUUCUUCGCAACUUGCUCAGGCAGCCGGCGAAGGAGGCGGCGAGAAACCUGCUCAAGCGGCUCUCCAUCACGCCGAAUGUGAAAACGGAGAAGGAGAGGAGCUUCGUUCUCGUCUCCAGCGCGCCGAAAACGAGCGAUUACUUCGAAAUGAUCCGCGGCCGGGUGUUUUCACAUCCGGAGCAACAACUUGUGCAAUAUUUAAUCGAGCUAUCUCAGUACAACUGCUUUUUCGAUAUCGAAACACUGAUCUUCUUCUUCCGCCCGAGCGAUAGCGACCCAACGAAAAAGAGCAUUUCUUGCGUUGGCCGCUUGGGCUCAAAUGUUCGCCACGAUUUCCUCUUCAACCCUUUCUCUUUCCAAACCUCUUGCUUCAUCGAAUUCGACGUUUUCUCGUGCUUCGACUUCACGCCCUCCCUUCCCGAACUGUCACUGUAUUCCUCCGGAGAUAAUCUUGAGCAAAUCCACGGUAAAGCAACACUUUCUUUCUAG